AUGAAGAUCUUUUUCCUUCCUAUGGACGGCCAUGGGCAUAUUAAUGCAUGCAUUGGAUUGGCUCGAAUGCUUCGCGAUUAUAACCAUGAAUGUACUUUUGCAGUUACCAAACCUUGGAUUAAUCUUAUCAAAGACCAUGAAUUUGCGGUUGAAACACUACAUGAUCCAACAGUAGCUGAUGAUCAAGAUUGUCUUAAAAAGUGGGGAACGUUUAUGUUUAACUUAGCUUACACUUUUAGUAAGCCACCGAAGGAACAGAUUCCUUUGCUCAGUGUUCCAGCAUACAAGUCUUUUAUUGAUUACGUGAAAAUAAUUGACCAUCAGUUGCCAGCUCUUUUUGAAAAACUUGCUCCUGAUUUAAUCAUAAUCGAUUUCUAUGUAACUGUUCCUUCAAUCGUUAAAUCAGGUCGUCCAUGGAUACUACUUUACUCAUGUAACCCAUUGAAAGCAUAUAGUGGGCCCAAUGUGCCUCCAUCCAACUUUGGCCUCAGCGUCAACACGGACCCAGCCACAUCAGCUGAAUUGAGAAGCUUUCUGGUCGAUGCCAUGAAAGAUGUUAAAGCUGAAUUUGAUGAGUGGCUAAAAACCAAACAAAUUGAACCACAUCCAACUGCUUUGGCUGAUAUCUCACCGUAUCUCAAUUUAUAUUCAUAUCCAACAGAUCUUGAUUAUUCCGAGUUUGGUCCUGUUCCUGAUAAAUGGUUUCGACUUGAUCAUAUGAUCCGAAAGGUUCAAGGAGAUCCACUGGGAUUUGAUGAGGCCUUCUUUGACCGUCCAGGAAAAAAGAUUUACUUCUCGUUAGGAUCAAUGGGAGGUGCAGAUGUUGACCUGAUGAAACGAAUGGUAAACAUUAUGAGUAAAUCCAAGCAUCUAUUCAUUGUUUCCAAAGGACCAUUUCAUGACCAUUUUGAAUUGGCUGAAAAUAUGAUUGGUUAUAAAUUUAUCAAUCAAAUGGCUGUUCUAUCCCGAGUUGAUCUAGUUAUUCAUCAUGGUGGUAAUAAUACUUUUGUCGAGACUCUUUAUUUUGGUAAACCUUGUAUUGUCCUGCCUUUAUCUGGUGAUCAACGAGACAAUGGGAAACGAGUUGAAGAAAAAAAGAUCGGUCGAAGUUUUCUUCCUCAUUCAGUGGAUGAAAAUGAAUUUUUGACUGCUAUUGAUCAGCUAUUGGAUGAUCAAGAAUUGAUUGAUCGUCUUAAAAUGAUUGGUGAAAAUAUCCGUUCCUCUAAAAGCAUUGAGCUGCUCAACGAAAAAAUCAAAGAUUUGGUCUCAGCAAAGUAA